AUGGUCUGGAGCAGGAUCACUAGUUCAGAAGAUUUUUGCUGGGCCACACCUCCUCAAAAAUCUAUAAAGUAUACGAUUAAUUGGGUAGAUCGGUCAUCCCCUCCGAGCUCUCCAGUCUUAGAACCUAAAGAAGAUAAAGUAUCAUCUCCAACACAAGGAAAUAGCUCUGUGAGUGAAUACAUUAAAAUGAUUAAGCUAUAUGCUAUUAGCGUUGGCAAGGAUUUAGAUGAUAUAGACGUUAAAGAAAAAUUCCUUGUUGGAUUAUCACCUGAUAAUGAAAAGCGUGUAGAAGAUAAUAAGAGUGCCAUUGUUCAUGAAUUAUAUUCGCAGAUGAGAGCAUGUGAUUUAACUGCAAAUCUAUGGGGAAUAAAUCAAUGA